GCCGUCUGGCUCAACGCCCUGUGGUUCUCCGGCCUCAUCCUCAGCCUGUCCUCCGCGUCGGUAGGCAUCAUGGUCAAGCAGUGGCUCAACGAGUACAGCAGCGGCGCCUCGGGGACCUCCCGUCCGGUUGCGCGGGUGCGCCAGUAUCGCCUUAACAACCUUCGAACGUGGCGCGUCGACGACAUUAUUGGUGUCAUCCCCAUUCUUCUUCAGCUUGCCCUGGCACUUUUCCUCUCCGGAAUGCUCAUCCUCCUCUGGACGCUCCACGAGACCGUUGCUGCCAUCGCAUCCACUCUCGUUGGCCUUCUUGCCAUCUUCACCGUGGUCACCACGAUUCUCCCCCUCUUCAACCACAAGUGCUCCUACCUCACCCCCCAAAUCCGUGCAGUCAAC